AUGAACUUCUUGACCACUCUUCUUCUCACUACCACCAUCAUCUACGCAGCCAACUCGGCUGAAACUGCGCCAACUCGCGCCAAAAGCUUCGCCAGCGCUGUGGGAAGCGCGUGUAGCGGAAAACCAUUGACAUGCCUCGAACCAUUCUUGCACCAAGACUUCAAAUUCAUCAACGCCAAUGGAACAUUGAACAGAGGUUUGACACCAAAAAUCCCCUUUAGAAACGCUGAUCUUUCCAGCUGAAUACAUCAAACUCCUCUCAACCAGAACUGCCGACAUCAGUGCUUUCGAUCUCAAAAUCGACGCGGCCACUGAUGCUCCAGGAGCUCAGGUCAAACUUCCAGUUCACGCUGGUGGAAGCUUGAAAGUCUACCUUUUCUUGGUGGCUGACGCCAAAGUUGCAGGUGGAGAAGCCAUCAUUUUGGUCGACAAGAAAAAUGUUUGA